CCCAAUCCAUCCAAGCUCACUGCCACUAACAGGAGUCACAAGCUCUCAAGGGCUUCCGACUACGAACCACGUAUCGUCAGACGGGGAGGGAGAGCUUAUAGCAGCAGUGGCAGCACCAGUGACAACACUGGAAGUCAGCUCACCGAUAGCACCUCCUCGGGAAAUACCUCCCCCAGAUCCAACGGCGACCCCAGACGGUUACGUAAGGAGAAGGCAAACGAUGAAAUUGAUGGUCUUCGCAGAAGCGACUUCCCCGCUAAGACGGUGGGCAGCGCUACUGCAAGAAACGGAAAACGCAAGGGGAUGACAAAAGUGGUGUAA